AUGGCAAACUUAAAUGGCUAUCUCAACACUUGACACCCAUGUUUCCAGGCAUCAUGGAUUUUCUGGGAUUCAGUCUGCAAAGCAUUCUUAAAAAGUAAUGGUUUACGUGUAAGUUUCAAUAAUCUCUAUCAGUUGCAAUAAUGGCCAGCAAAAGGAAGUCUACGACGCCGUGUAUGAUACCGACAAAAACACUAGCACUUCAAGAGUCUCAGUCAGCCUCUGUUGGAGUUGAAGGAUUUCAGCUAUCUGCUACUGCUGCUGCUUCACCUGUUACUGAACCUAUUAGUAGUAACCACAACAGUGGGUCACUGUCCAAUGGACAUAGAGGCAUUGUGGAUGGUGAUACUUACAGAUGUAAGUAUUGUGAUUUCGGCUGCCAAGAUGCCAGUCGGUUUCUUGGGCACUUGGAUUCUGAGCACAAAGACUUUAGCAAAGACCCCUCGUUUGUGUGUGUGCAGUGCAGUCUCCUGGUAAACAGCCACAAAGAGCUUUCUUGUCACAAUGCAGAGAGCCAUGCUGGGGAAACCAGCUUAAUCUGCAACGUUGCACAACAAGGCAGUCGUGUGAUUGUGGAGCAAACCGUUGGGGAUACCACUUCCACUAGCCAGGUCUUUUCAGGGGAUCUCCCCGAAGAAGGGCAAGACAGUCAGGCUGAAAUUAUCAUUACCAAAACGCCCAUUAUGAAAAUAAUGAAAACAAAACCUGAAGUGAAAAAAAUCCACACACUGAAAGAAAAUGCGUCUAGUCAACCGGUCAGUGAUCCGGAGAAAAAGGGUGGUGAACAGCCGUUGACCAAUGGACCUGCACCAGCGACUCAGUCAAAUUUAGUCAAACCACCCCCUGUUGUCAACGGCUCAAUAGUAGGGAAGGUGCCUGUUUUGCAAGCAGGCAUCACCCAACUUGUGCAAUUGCAGCAGCAACCGCACGUUCAGCAGCAACUACCCACAUCGAAAUCCCUCCCCAAAGUAAUGAUUCCCUUGAGUAGUAUCCCAACAUACAAUGCCGCAAUGGACUCCAACAGUUUUCUGAAAAACUCUUUCCAUAAGUUCCCUUACCCUACCAAAGCAGAGCUUUGCUACUUGACGGUGGUGACGAAGUAUCCAGAAGAGCAGCUGAAGAUCUGGUUCACAGCCCAGAGGUUGAAACAGGGUAUCAGUUGGUCGCCUGAGGAGAUUGAAGAUGCGCGGAAGAAAAUGUUCAACACAGUGAUUCAGUCCGUACCCCAGCCCACCAUUACAGUGUUGAAUACGCCUCUGGUCGCAAGCCCUAACAGUGUCAAGCAUCUCAUUCAGGCCAGUUUGCCUGGCCACUCUGUCAGCAAACCCGAAGGAGCUGGCAGUGUGCUGGUGACCCAACCCAUAAUAACCAACGGGCUUCAGAGUUCAAACUCGUCUCUCACAAUAGCAGUAACCUCCAUUCCAAAGACCCAGAUAGCUAAGCAACCCUCUGCUGUGUCCAUAUCUAGUCCUGCAUCAGCUGUGAAAGUGGUCAGUGCCUCUCAGACACAGCCCACUGCUUGCCUAAGCAUAUCUUCACAGGGGUUCCUAGACCCUAACAUAUACAAAAACAAGAAGUCUUUUCCCCAGCUGUCGGCGCUAAAGAAUAGUUUCGGCAGGAAUCAGUUCCCUGGCCGAAAUGAAGUCGAGCGACUGACAAGAAUGACAGGCCUUAAUCCAAAGGAUGUUCGGAAAUGGUUUAGUGAUAGGAGGUACCAUUGUAGAAACGUAAGAGGCGACAGAGCUGACUAUGCUGGAGAUGAUACAAUAAUCAUUGACUCAGUACCUGAAAUUACCUUCACCUCUUCUCCCAAAACAGCCUCAGAAUUACCCUCCACAGCAGCAGCAGUGCCUGCAGCUCAUACCCCGACCCGUCGGCAAUCCUGGCAUCAGACCCCUGAUUUCUCCGCUACAAAAUAUAAGGAGAGGGCUCCUGAACAACUGAAGGCAUUGGAAGGCAGCUUUGCACAAGAUCCUUUUCCUUCAGAAGAGGAAGUGGACCGCUUGAGGAGUGAAACUAAAAUGACAAGGAGAGAAAUCGACAGCUGGUUUUCAGAGCAAAGGAAAAGACAGGCUGUCAAAGAAGCAGCCCAGCCAGUGGCGGAUGAUGCUGAAGACGACUCUGUUGAAGAAGACUCCUCAGAUGACUUGAGAGCUUCAAGUGAAAAUGGUUCAUUGGAUGCAGCCAGUAGCACUCAAAAACCAGGCGAGCGCAAAGUGACUCCUAUAAAAAUCAAUCUGAAGAAUCUGAAAGUGACCGAGUCGAAUGGCAAAAGCGAGUUGUCGGGCUUGAGUGUCGACGAUCAAAGAGAGAGUUCUCCUAGCAAGCCAGCUGCACCCCUGAAACCCAAACUAAGUGGUAAAAAAACAGCACAGCAAAGACACUUGCUUAAACAACUCUUUGUGCAGACCCAGCGGCCUACAAAUGAACAAUAUGACAAAUUGUGUUUGGAGUCAGGUCUCCCCAGGGCUGAAGUGAUUCGUUGGUUUGGGGAUAGCCGCUAUGGUUUAAAAAAUGGAAAUUUGAGAUGGUAUGAGAACUACAAGCGAGGCAUCUUUCCUAAAGGCUUGGCCGGCCCCAGUGAUGCCAAGGUGGAGAUCCUCCAGGACUACUAUCAAAAGAACAAGAUGCUCUAUGAAGAUGAUCUCCCAGGUUUGUGUGAGAGAACUCAGAUGUCCCCUGGACAGGUCAGGAUAUGGUUUGCUGAAAGGCUGGAAGAAGAAAACAGGCCCGUAUCAGAUACCGGCAGCGAGGAUCAGUGCUCAAGCAUUAGCGAGCCAGCCGCCAGCCACAAAGGAACGUUGGAUGCCUUUUCCGAGGCUUCUGAGAACAGUGAAUCCUGGGAGCCUGGAGGUCAAGAAGGCAGUUCAGAGCUUGUAGAUGGUCCUCUGCCCGCAGGACAUUUGGAAACCGACGGAACCGGGGCUGCCUCCCUUUGAAGGAUGUGCUGUUAAAUUUGUGAAGACUCAGCAGCUGUGGGGC